GGAAACUCGUAAUAGCCGAUUGCCAGCGUGGACCCCUCCGAACCAUGUCCACGGGCAUCACGACCGGAACCUGCGCUGUGGACAAGGCGUUUGCGGGCUCGAGGGAAAUGGUGAGCAAAGUUGAGGAAACAUGGGCGUCAGGGCUCCGGUCCCAUCGGAGCCUGAGAGGCUGAAAGUGCCCAUCUUGCUGCCACCCACCCAUCAGGGAGAUGGAUGAGACCCCCAAGGACAGGACAUCGCUGGUGCAGGGUGCCAAGGCUGUGGCCCGGGAAGUUAGGAAGCAUGUGAACCACGCGGUGGACCAGGCACAGGACGGGUACACACGCAGGUCCUACCACCGCUUUCAGGAUGAGGAGGGCGAAGAGGAUGAGCUCCCCGGGGAUCCCUACCCUGGUGACUCCCCGGAGGAUGAGGGCUCCAGUGAGGCCACCGAGGGCCAUGACGAGGAUGACGAGAUUUACGAGGGCGAAUACCAGGGUAUUCCCAGUGGGCCGUCUGGGAAGGAUGGCAGCCUGGCCAUGGAUCAGCCCCCAGGGCCCACCUACAAGGAGUCGGAGCGGCAGGCGGAUGAGGAAGAGCUGGCCCAGCAGUAUGAGCUCAUCAUGCAGGAGUGUGGUCAUGGCCGCUUCCAGUGGCUGCUCUUCUUUGUGCUAGGCAUGGCCCUGAUGGCCGAUGGCGUGGAGGUGUUUGUGGUGGGCUUCGUGCUGCCCAGCGCUGAGACGGACCUGUGCAUCCCCAACUCGGGGUCAGGAUGGCUGGGCAGCAUUGUGUACCUCGGGAUGAUGGUUGGGGCCUUCUUCUGGGGAGGCCUGGCAGACAAGGUGGGGAGGAAGCAGGCCCUGUUGCUGUGUAUGUCCAUCAACGCGCUCUUUGCCUUCCUCUCCUCCUUCGUCCAAGGUUACGGCUUCUUCCUCUUCUGCCGCCUGCUCUCAGGGUUUGGGAUUGGGGGCGCCAUUCCUACCGUGUUCUCCUAUUUUGCGGAGGUGCUGGCCCGGGAGAAACGGGGGGAACACCUGAGCUGGCUCUGCAUGUUCUGGAUGAUUGGCGGCAUCUAUGCCUCAGCCAUGGCCUGGGCCAUCAUCCCACACUACGGGUGGAGCUUCAGCAUGGGCUCAGCAUACCAGUUCCACAGCUGGCGUGUGUUCGUGGUGGUCUGCGCCCUGCCCUGCGUCUGCUCUGUGGUGGCCCUCACCUUCAUGCCUGAGAGCCCACGCUUCCUGCUGGAGGUGGGGAAGCAUGAUGAGGCCUGGAUGAUUCUGAAGCUGAUCCAUGACACCAACAUGCGGGCACGUGGGCAGCCUGAGAAGGUCUUUACAGUGAACAAAAUCAAGACCCCGAAGCAGGUUGAUGAGCUGAUUGAGAUCGAGAGUGACACAGGGACCUGGUACCGCAGAUGCUUCGUCCGCGUCCAUACAGAGCUCCACGGGAUCUGGCUGACUUUCAUGAGGUGUUUCAACUACCCGGUCAAAGAGAACACCAUCAAGCUCACGGUGGUCUGGUUCACAUUGUCCUUUGGAUACUACGGGCUGUCCGUGUGGUUCCCGGACGUCAUCAAGCACCUGCAGUCGGACGGCUACGCACUGCUCACCCGUAAUGUUCAAAGGGACAGAUACGCCAACUUCAGCAUCAACUUCACGAUGGAGAACCAGGUCCACACGGGGAUGGAGUACGACCACGGCAGGUUCUUGGGGGUCAAGUUCAAGUCUGUGACUUUCAAGGAUUCUGUGUUUAAGUCCUGCACCUUCGAGGAUGUGACUUCAGUCAACACCUACUUCAAGAACUGUACCUUCAUUGACACUGUGUUCGACCACACAGAUUUUGAGCCAUACAAGUUCAUCGACAGCGAGUUUCAGAACUGCUCCUUUUCCCACAACAAGACAGGGUGCCAGAUCACCUUUGAUGAUGACUACAGUGCUUACUGGAUCUACUUCGUCAACUUUCUGGGGACGCUGGCUGUGCUGCCAGGGAACAUCGUGUCUGCCCUCCUGAUGGACAGAAUCGGGCGCUUGACAAUGCUGGGUGGCUCCAUGGUGCUGUCAGGGAUCAGCUGCUUCUUCCUGUGGUUUGGCACCAGUGAGUCCAUGAUGAUUGGCAUGCUGUGUUUGUACAAUGGGCUCACCAUCUCUGCCUGGAAUUCGCUGGACGUGGUCACAGUGGAGCUGUACCCCACGGACCGGAGGACAACCGGCUUUGGCUUCCUGAAUGCAUUGUGCAAGGCGGCUGCCGUGCUGGGGAACCUGACCUUCGGCUCCCUGGUGGGCAUCACCAAGGCCUUCCCCAUCCUGUUGGCCUCCACCGUGCUCGUAUGUGGGGGACUGGUGGGGUUGCGCCUGCCAGACACACGGACCCAGGUCCUCAUGUGAGGGGUAAGCGGCCUGCUGUCCCCCAAUGCAACUCCACCUGUGACUGGAAACCUCGCUGCAUCUCCCGCUCCUUCCAUAUGACUGCACAGGUGCCCCCACUCCGCCCUGCCUCCUCUCCCCGGACGCCCCUUCUUGCUCCCCGGACACCAGGGACAC